UCUGCUGGGUCCUAGGAGCGGAAGCGGCGGCGCUGACCUAAGGAAAGAUGGCGGCGCCCUGGUGGCGAGCCGCGGUGUACGGAGGUCGGAGGUGGCGGUGCUUCAGCACCUCGGGCACCCUGAGCCGCCGGACCGCCCCUCUGGGGCCGAUGCCCAACGAGGACAUCGAUGUGAGCAACCUGGAGCGGCUGGAGAAGUACCGCAGCUUCGACCGCUACCGGCGCCGGGCGGAGCAGGAGGCGCGAGCCCCGCACUGGUGGCGGACCUACCGGGAGCAUUUCGGGGAGGAGUCAGAUCCCAAAGACAAGAUUGACAUUGGGCUGCCCCCACCCAAGGUCUGCCGGACCCAACAGCUGCUGGAGCGGAAACGGGUCCUCCGGGAGCUGCGGGCCAGCGUGGAGGAGGAGCGGGCCGCCCGCCUCCGCACAGCGAGCAUCCCACUGGAGGCUGUGCGGGCCGAAUGGGAGAGGACCUCUGGCCCCUACCACAAGCAGCGUUUGGCCGAAUACUACGGCCUCUAUCGAGACCUGUUUCAUGGUGCCACCUUCGUGCCCCGAGUCCCCCUGCACGUGGCUUAUGCCGUGGGUGAGGACGACUUGAUGCCUGUGUACCACGGCAAUGAGGUCACUCCAACUGAGGCUGCCCAGGCCCCAGAGGUGACCUAUGAGGCAGAUGAGGGCUCCAUGUGGACACUGCUGCUCACCAACUUGGAACCAACAUCCCGGGCAACAGGGUGGCUGAAGGACAGGAGACAUGUCCCUACCUGCCCCCCUUCCCUGCUCGAGGCUCCGGCUUCCACCGCUUUGCCUUCCUACUCUUCAAGCAGGACAAGCCGAUUGACUUCUCCGGGGACACCCGGCCCUCACCCUGGUAAUCUAAUCUACACCCCACACACACAUCCCCCCCAGGGCCUCAGGCCAGCUUCCCAGAAACACUACCAGCUUGCCCAGCGGACCUUCCACACUUUUGAUUUCUACAAGAAACACCAGGAAGCCAUGACUCCAGCUGGCCUAGCCUUCUUCCAGUGCCACUGGGAUGACUCGGUCACCCAGGUCUUCCACCAGCUUCUGGACAUGCGGGAGCCUGUGUUUGAGUUUGUGUGGCCACCUCCUUACCACCCCGAGCAGAAGCGCUUUCCCCACCGGCAGCCCCUGCGCUACCUGGACCGGUACAGAGACAGUCAUGAACCUACCUAUGGCAUCUACUGAGUGGCCACAGUGCCACACACCUCAGAGUGGCUGGGCCUCUCAGGCCACCCUGUCAGGCUCUGCCAGCAGGAGCAAUAAAGACACAGCUUCACGGGACCAAGCUGUGGGGUUCUAGGCACUGCCUGAGGCAGCCCUUCUGCAGCCCUCCCAGCAGGCCCAAGGCUUAGGAGGGAAGAGGGCUCUCAGGGGGUGGCGGUGGGUGUGGGAGAUGUGAAUAAAAAUGAUUCUGCUG